GUCACGUCGCCCGGCAGGAGGAGACCGACCGACCUCUCCCUCACGGAGCCGGUCGUUUCCAGACGCGGCUCCAUGUUGGUCCCGCCCUCGCGCGGCAUCUCGGACGUGUCCCGGUCGCAGUCGCCCAGGUGCUCCGUGCCGCGCGCGCAGUCGUACCGCCUGGUGCCCGCCGAGGGCG